AUGUACGUGGAGAGUCUUGAGCCAGAGAAGGUCACACAACCCUACCCUCUGGUGCUCAUUCAUGGUGACUUCCAUAGUGGAAAGGUCUGGCUGGACAAGCCAGAUGGAAACCCGGGAUGGGCAGCCUACUUCUUGAAGCAAGGCUAUCACGUCUAUCUGGUGGACUUGCCUGGGGUUGGACGAUCCGGAAAGCAUCCCUCGUCCACGGGAGGCAACGUGGCGAAGCUGAGCUCACUCACACCUCAAACCGUGGAGCAAGAGCUUACCUGCCCGGAGAAGUACCCUUGGCACCAGGCGAGUGCUUGGGAAACCGUUGCUCGCCAUACCCAAUGGCCAGGUACCCAAGCUCAGGAGGCACUUUCCGCCCUGCUUCAGAGGACUGGAAAAGCGAUCCUCAUCGGUGAGGGGACUGGUUGCAUCAUGGCUUGGCUAACAACAGAUGUGAUGCAUGGUCUGGUCGCUGGAGUCCUGAGUAUUGAACCUUCCGGACCACCUUUUGGGAGCGCCCGGAGCAGAGGCAGACUCUACGGUCACCGUGCUGUGUUUGAUCCAGAGGUCAGAGAAUGGGGUCUGGCUGAUAUCCCUUUGACGUACGACCCUCCCCUCCCGAAGCCACAGGCGAUCAUCCCCGACCCAACUGUGGACAGGAGAAAUAACCCUCUCUUCCCUCUUUGUGAGUACACUAACCCAGAGGAUCCUCGCAAAUCAUGCUUCAUGCAGAAUCCCGUCAGGGUUACGGAGGGAGGCGAGAUGAUCUUCCACCAACUUCUUCACUUGAGAAAGGUUCCCCACGCUGUCAUCACGGCCGAGGCCAGCUCACACUCGAUCUUCGACUGGGCCACUGUGGCUUUCAUGAGGCAGGCGGGAUUACAAGUCAGCUGGCUCCGCCUCGAGGAAUUGUGCAUUCGCGGAAAUGGCCGCCUGAUGUUUCUGGAGAAGAACAGCGACGAAAUCGCCCUGGUACUUCACAAGUGGAUGGCCCGGCUGCCAGCUGUAAAGCAGGGAAUGGUUGCGCCUGCGCCUGCGCCUACACUUGAGGCUCUACCCAAGCCCGUGCCUGGGCCUAAGUCUGCACCAGCGCCCCAUACGGACACUUCGGGUCCUUCGAGCACCCCUGUGGUUCAACCUCAGGGCAUGGAGGCCCAGCCUCAGAUCGAAGCAGGGUGGCAGUUCGUUUAA